ACUUGCGCAGCCAGAUCUCGACUCAGUCUGCUUUGUGGGAUAGGCGCAAGCACUUAUAACAACGGGCGGUUAACAACUGGCGAACGAGUGUAGGUUUCGGUUCGUGGUCCGUGGGAAUCUCUGGUGGUGACAGAAAAUGAAAUAAAGAAACAAACAGACGUGUGUACAGAAGGCAAGGAAAACGAACUGGGAUAGGCCUCGGAGAAGUCAAUGCGCGUCCGCUCCCGUGUACGUUCAAAUUGUCGUGCAAUAUAGCUGCAUAAUCUGGUCUUUACAGUGUCUAUUUUUCGAAUAAGCCUUCACAGUUCGAGACACAGCACAGACUGAAGGAAUUUUGAAGAUGUUCCGUAACUAUACGUGAAAAUGUGAUUUAAAAAUAAAACGGAUGUGAACUGGUGAAUACGACUGAAUGUGGAUUUAUCAUCUUGAAACUGUUGCUGACUAAUACCGCCGAGUGUACACGAAGGCUAUCAUUAUUUCCGAUAGUAUCACGAAUCGUGGUGAAAUCAGAAUCUUUCGCGGUGUCGUGUCCGCUUAUCAAUCUGUCGGCUGCCGUAGAUAAGUGUGUUUCAAGCCAUCCAGCUAAAAUCGUGAAGUGCAUAAAGUGGCCUUUAUAGUGUGUGCAGUGCACCCCACACAAGAAAAAUAAAGUGAUGCCACUUGAACGGCAUAUAUGAAAAUAGCAGAAAAUGUCGUAGAACCGUUCGAAGAUGAAAAAGCGUCGAAAAAAAUCGUUAAGAAAAUGUGAGCUUGAGUCGUGGCGGCUAGAAACGAACCGGCAUGUGUGUAUCGAGUUGAUUUAGAAAAUUUAAUUACGUCAAUUAGAGUGGUGGUGACCGAAUGUGAACUAACGACCGACCUAUCCACAACCGAGUGAGAAUCGACUGCGUAUCUGUGCGGGAAAGUGCAAGGGUAGAGUAGAAGAAGGAUACGAAACAUGUUUUGCUAGUGGAAGCAUGUGAUCAAAUCGAUCCAAUGUGUGUUGGCAAUGCAGCGCCAUUUCAAGAAGAUAAUUCAAAAAGUUUAAUACGCAGUCAGUGAGUCAUUUGUGUGGUUGAAAUGUACCCUGCCAGUAUGGGAUCGACGAAGUUUCAACUCAUCUUCAUCGUCAUUCUCGUGUACCAAAUUAACAGUAUUGAUACAAGAGAACACGCUGAGCAGCAUCCAGCUGUUUUUCGUCGCACCGAUGAUGGUGGUGGCUAUGAAGGAACACCAACUGCCACUCCCAGUGCUGAUGCGAAUCAUUCACAUGCCGCUGGAGAACUCGUCAGAAGCGGCGUCAGUUCGGAAACUAUCGGUUUGAGUAAACAAGGUGCCAAGAAUAGUUUCACCGGUAAUGAGUCAGCCGACUUCUGGCCAAGGCUGAGGCGAUCGGUUGGUGGAAGCGCCACCACCGGACAAACUGGAUCUCAGAGUUUAUGCAACAAGGAGGGCUGUAGCUGCUUGGAUCAGCCAAUCCUGACCAUCGAUUGCGAAGUGCAUGACAGAGAGCUGACGCUAUCUGGACAAUAUUACAUUCCCAAGGAGGCCAAAAGCCUCAACUUGCUGCUAGUGCAACGUCACGCACGAGUGCUGAUCCACACGAAACAGUUCGAGGGCUGCUUAUUGAAUCGAAUGCUCGUAACGGGCAAUUUCGCUGGAAACGAUGGUCGCGAGCAUGUGGAGUUCCUGGACGAAGCGCUCUGUCGAAAUAAUGGGACCUACCCGGAGCUGGAGGUGUACAACAUCCACACGGUUGUGUUCAGCAAACAUACGUUUUGUCAAGAAUUUAAGCUCAAUGUGACGAGAGCACAGGAGGUUAUCAUUAUGCCCGAGGCAUUUUCCGUAGCGGAGAGCGAGAUACUUUUCAACGGUGUCAGAGACAUCCGAAUACAGGAAGAUGCGUUCAGAAACUCGAUUUCAACAAAGAUCGACAUCGUCAACAGUGCAAUAAAAACCCUGUUCGAACUGAGGGCGUCGUUCCGGCAGAUACAGUUCAUAAACAGCACCAUCGAAGAGAUCUCAGCCAAAGCGUUCGAUGUGAAUAAAAUAGACUCAUUGAUAUUCGAAAACUGCAGGAUAGACGUUCUGAAGUCGGAGGCAAUCACCGAGAAGCUUCUCUGUAGAUAUUUCACCAUGACCGCUUGCAAGAUACGGAAGAUCGAGAAAAGCUUCAUAGCUGACAGUGGAAUGAUGAUUUUCAACAUGCAAAAUAACGUAAUCGAUGAAAUCGCUGCCGAUGCGAUUAAAUUCACAGGAAUUACCAGCAAAAUCACCAACAACAUAAUCAAGGUGACGGGGAAAAAUUGGUUCUUCCAAAAGCAAGGCUGGACGAGUGUACAGUUUUUGAACAACUCGUUUGGAGAGUUCAACUACUUCACACUGGAGAGAACGUCAUCACCGGAAGUUUGCAAAUUCCACGGGAAUUCCGUGACAUUCCCAGCCAUCCGUAGUUUCAGCUUCUUCCAACACAAGGAAUGUUCCUUGAGUGAAACUUCGUUCAACAAGCUGUGCAACUGCGACGAUCACUGGUUGCAGGAGCUCUAUUUUCAAGACUACGACAAACUACUAACGGAGAGCUACUGUAGAAUAGAUGAAACGUUGAAGUACUGCUUCAACGCGUCCACAUUCAAUGUGAAAGUGUACAUGCAACAAGUCUGUGAUGAAACAACACGAACAAUCGAUUGCUCACGCAGUCAAAAGGAGAAAAAGGUGGAACCGCAUUUCGUAAGCCCGGAUGAAAUCGAGUCACUCCAAUACAGUGAUUACUAUCAAUACAUUAUAAUUGGUGGGACUGUUGUAGUCUUGCUGAUAAUUAUAAUUUUGUCCAUAGUCAUUUUCAAAGUCUGCCGCAGGAGGUGCUCAGAUGAAUCCGGAGACGUAAUAUCGAAUGCUUCCUUUACCAUGACACACAAGCCAUCGAAAGCAUUUUCUAAGGAUGACAAAAAGAUUAUCAAUCAAACAUUAGAAACAAUCAAGGAGAAGCAAUCACCGGAAAGGUAUGAAGCCAUAUCCAAACACACAAACGAGCUUCUGGAUGGCCAUUUCACCGAGAGUGGAAAAGUGAAAAUCAUCGGCAACAUCCUGAAUUGCCUAAGCGAAUGCGAAAACAGUGGCGAUGAUUUUGUGGCGUUCACCGGCAUACUGUAUCGUCAUCUUGCCCCCAGCACUAGUCCUACACCGCACGAAACCAUAUACGCUGAACCUUCGGCCCCCCAGGAGGGUACAACCAUUAUUCAGGGAACGGGGGCACCCGAUCACAUAUAUGCCGAGUUGACGAGCGCGGCCCAACCGCUGCUGAUCAACGAAUACUCUGCGCCGAUGGAUUUGAGCGAUUCGCACUAUUCGGAACCGGUGCAAAUCGUUACGAAAGAUAACACUCGCACCCUCAUCACUCCGUACGCCAUAGGAAACAACAUAGGCGAUGUCAUGAUGCACCAGCAACCGGGACCAUCCCGGAAUCUGCCCGAUAUUCUGAAUUCGAACAGUGGCAACAACAACAGCCCUGGCACCAGUUACAGCAAACCCGGUGGUGCCACCCAUCCAAAUGCCAUAACCGUUGCGGAACCUCUCCGGUACAUGGACCGAUCGCCCACAACCAGUAGGGAAAUCCCGGAAUACACGCUGCCAGCGAAAAAAGUGCCACCGCCAAAGCCUGCCCUCCGACGUGAGCCUACGGUAGAGUCCGACUCCGGAUCGUCGACGUCCAAUUCCGACCACUCAGAGCACUCGGGUGGCAGUGAUAUUACCGUUAAAAUAGAUGAUAUCGUUGAGUACGCCGAUGCGUAGCAGUAUAAGCUAGCGAAAAUCGAGUCCAUUAGGAAUGAUGUUAUUUUUUAUUGAAACAAAACGUCCAAAAAAAUUCACUAAUAUUGUGUGUCCAGAAGUAGUAAGUUCUCGAAAAGUGAUAUUAAUUUAGUGCAGAACAUGUAUUUUAUAGUAUGGCGAUAAGUAAAAAUUACAAGUCAAGUUGUUUAGUAAGUUAUCGAUCUAGUGGAAUGUGGUGUAAGUAUUAGAGAAUAUUCUACUAAUAAAAGACUUUGUACUAGA